AUGAAACACUUUCGCAUCGCUCCUCCAAAAACGGCUGAAAAACGGACGACUGAUCGAACCGAACGUCGUAAUCCAACCGGCAGAGUGACAGAGGUUAAUCGCCAAAAUCAAGCGAACGCAUGGCGGCAAGGACAAGGGAUUUCACGAGCUGGAAUGCAAAUGACAUAUCCAUAUCGGGAGAAUGGCAGUAAACCGGUCAAUUACCAAUACAAAGACGACGGUUCAUCGUUCUUCGACUCGACAGUGCGUAUUCAAGCUGAGCCUCGCGCUCCGUUUCGGGAAGCGACAGGCCCGACACCUAAGCAACAUCCUGCAGUACAGUAUGGCCAGCAAAUGACUGUAAAGGUAGAAGACAAGCUGAGAAGCGACUCGUCGUUCGUUGUUUCAUGUCUCAUUUAA